GUGAGAUGAACCAUUGAACGACGAUGAAGAUCCAAAAACAUAUCCCAGCUUCAAGGUUAGAAAUAUUCUAACAGUACGAAUUAUUUGUUCCGUAGAUGCUAUGUACUAUUACUGAGUCAAAGGAAAAUUAAGACCCGGUAGUCUCGACCGAUUCGUGCUUAUUGGACCAUCGCACAAAAGUUGACCUUUGGCCAUGCGUCCGUGCGUAACCAAGAUUUAGCAACGAUUGAUAGUAGGAGCAGCAACUAGCAGCAUUUGAUCUGGCCUUUUAGCUUAUCAUCGGCGACCGAGCAGAGGCUCGAUCGCUAAUAGGGGCAGAGAUAUAUAGAACAUGUACAUGUGACUAGCGUUGUCGUACACAACAACGACCAAUGCAACAUGGGGUUUGGAGGCAAGGACAGCAGCCACCUGGUGUCCUUCCUCAUCGGCGCGGCGCUGCCCACAGCCUUUCUCAUCAUCCUGGCGUCCGACCGGAUCGGCGACGGCUUGAGCUGGGGAAGCAGUGGAACCUGGCAGGAGAGCGACAACACUACUACUCAUGAUCAAGAGGUGGGAUUCGCAGGCCUAGCUGAGCUUCUCCCGAGAGUGGCCAUGGAGGACAGGACGGUGAUCCUCACGUUGGUGAACGAAGCAUGGGCGCAGCCCGGCUCACUGCUGGACAUCUACCGUGAGAGCUUCAAGAACGGCGAGGACAUAGAGCAUUUCCUCAACCACGUCCUGGUCAUCGCCGUCGACGCCGGCGGGUUCAGCCGCUGCAAGGCAGUUCACCCUCACUGCUACCUCCUGGAGGUGAAUAAGUCAACGGCGGCGAACCUGAGCUCGGCCAACAGGUUCAUGACCAAGGAAUUCCUGGAGCUGGUGUGGCUCAAGCUCUCUUUCCAGCAGCGCAUCCUCGAGCUCGGCUACAGCUUCCUCUUCACGGACGCCGACAUGAUAUGGCUUCGCAACCCGUUCCGCCACAUCUCCGUCUACGCCGACAUGAGCUUGUCGACGGACUACUUCAGGGACACGUUUGCUCCCCUGAGCAACACCCUCAACACGGGGCUCUACUACAUGAGGUCGACGAACCGGAGCAUCGAGGUGCUCAGGUACUGGCGGGCGGCGAGAGCAAGGUUCCCCGGCGGUAGCGAGCAGGGUGUGUUCAACGAGAUCAAGCACGAGGUCGUCACCAAGCUGCAGGCGAGGAUCGAGGCUGUCGAGACGGUGUAUUUCAGCGGGUUCUGCGAGUACCACGGCGAGCUGAACAGAGUCUGUACCAUGCACGCCAACUGCUGCAUCGGGCUGGCGAACAAGGUGCUCGACCUCAGGGAUGCUGCCGCGGAUUGGAGGAACUACACGAGGCUGACGCCGGAGGAGAGGAAGAAGGGGAGUUUCAAGUGGACGCCCCCGGCUAGGUGCUGGAAGACAAUAGGUUGGAACGUGUGAAUUGUAAAAAAAAAAGUGGGGAUUUUAAGAGGAUAUUUUGAUCGCGCAAACUUGUAAGGCAAACAGUGAUAAAAAUGGCAUUUUUGAGGGUCAGGCAAACCUAAUAUCACUAGGUUUUAUAAGGAAUUUUUUG